AUAGCGAUAAGUAUGGUUGUAAAUUGCGUUUUGUUCAUUUCAUGAAAAUUAGCCAGUGAAUGUAUAACUGUUUUGAAUAAUUACAAUGGCUGAAGGAAAAAGUAAAUCUAGAACUAUGAUUGGUAAAGAGGAAUCCAGAGAUGGGAAUGUUAGACAAGGCUUGGACAAUGUGGCAAAUAUGAGUGGAGUUCUAGAAAUACCAAGACCAAGUGAUAAAAAGGGAACAUUGACAACUCAACAGAUUAUCAAAAGAGGUGUUCAGGAUCAGAGAGACAAAAGAAUAUGUACAGACAUGAGAACACUGGUGUCUUAUUGUAUCGUCAUCAGAAGACUUCAAGCAAUGUCUUCAUUGAAUCGAAGCGAUAUCAAGAGGAAUGCCAUCGGAAAAAAAUGUGUUGAGGCACCAACUAUGGCAAUGAUGAAAUCUCAAACCAGACUUAAAAUGCACCUGCAAAAGCUGGAUAGAAGACUUGGGGUAUUAGAAGACAAAGUGCGAAUCUAUGAGAUGUUGAAAGAUUUACAAACUGAUACAAGUGGUUGCCUGAAAGAAAGGGAACAAUGAGCUUGGAAUCAGCGUUUCAUGGAUGAAGCUGGAUUUAUUCCAAUUGCUUCAUCGUCAUAAACGAAGUGGUCCCUCCCCCCCAAAUUUCAAGUUUUAUUGUUGUCUUGGUGGAGGUGGACAAUAUAUCAAUGGACAACAAACAGAUUACUGUUGAUGAUAUUUUAUGCAUUACUUAUUGUUCUUAAAGUUUGAUAGCAACCACUUUUUGGAAAAGGAUCUAAAUUUGAGCACUCAGAGAAAUUAAUUGAAUGUUUUGUUUUUACUUUCCCUCUUAGACGUCUUAUAGAUGAAGCUGGAUUUAUAUUAGUCGCUAAAUAAUCAUGAACGAAGUGGUUUUCUCCCUGAAUUUCAAAUUUCGU